AUGGAUGUGGCUAAUGCACCUAUACGAACGGCAGAGCAACGUAAUGAACUACUUGCCCUGCCCAGGACCCUGGCAGAACUGGAGCAAAAAAUUCAAGAGGUAGCGGAUGAGGUUGGAAACAAUGAAUUACUGAAUGUUAGGCGAGGCACAGAUAACCGAUUGAAGGCUGUGGUUACUGUGCAGGUUGCUUUAGGAUUUUUGUACGAGGCAAAAUUUGGUGCGGAACAACAACAAGUAGAUGCUGCAAGGAGAACCAAGGUUGUCAAUACAACCAAGCAGUACAUGGAAGGUAGUGCGGCAGGCGAUGGUGACUUGAUACUUCGGUGGCAACAAAUGGUCGGUCGCACUGCUGAUACUUGGCAAGCAAUACUGGGAGUCCCCAUUUUUUGGGCAGAGGAGGAGGAUGAGCAACUUGAAGACGAGGAAGAGAUGGAUUGGUGUGGCGAUAUUUUUGAAUAUGAAUAUGAAUAUUAUUAG